GUCACCACGUCUACGUUGUCAGUACGUGGUGGGGGAGUCGUGCAGCGAGCAGCAUGUUGUAUCACCUGUUGCUGCAGACAGUAAAGACACAACAGUCAGCAGGUGUGUCACCCGGUCAGCCUCACCUUCUCCAAUACGAUCUCAAUGGCAGUGAAGACGUGGACAAGGCCGUCAACGACUUGUCACAGGAGACAAAGGGAGGGCAGCUGUACGUGCUCGCUGAUGAAGUGAUGAGUGAGUACAUAGUUCUCUUCAGCAUGGUAAACAUCUUCAAGACUUUCUGUCACAAGCUGCUGACACAAGUUCCUCAUCUCCAUCUUUGGGCGGCAAGCUAUUUCCAUGGAGACGCACCCGUCGGCUGGCAAGUGGAAUAUUUAACCAGACCCCUCCGCUCUCCUCCGGCCGUUGUCAGAGAAGUUAAGCAGGACGUGAGGAUCACUACAGACCGUCAUGUAAAGCCGUACAGUAAGCGAGGUGUGCCCGACCACACAGACGGCCCGCCAGUCACACGACUGUAUCACCGAGGUCAGGGUCACUCAGGUGACGGGCCAGGUGACUGUGUCACGUGUGGUCGUGAGGUGGCCAGCUUCCUACACAGUCUCCGUGAUGGUGUUACAGCGACUGUGACAACAUCUUCGACUCCCAUCAGCUGCGGGUCAACACCACCCUGCCUGCAGUGGAGAGACGUGCUGCUGUUAUCGUCAGACAGCUGGAGAGACAGCUGCGGUAUGGUGAGGACCCUCAUUGAAGCGGGUAUCCCAGUGCGGGUGAUGAAGGAUGAUGACAUGGAGGACGUGGCCACGGCCCGCAGUGACGUGGUGUGGGCGGCGGUGGGAGACCAUGUCCUUGGUCUGGAGAGGAAAGUCGUCGUCUGUCCUUAUGAUGUUGGUGGCUCUGUCAGACUUCACCUCAUGUCGCGCUGUACAUCACAACUUGUCAUUGUUUCCCGCUGAAACCCAGUCUCCUGAUCAUGAAUGACACACACACAGACACAUGUCAUCUCUUGUAGUCUUGUGUCUUUCACUCUCUCUUACAUAAAAACUCAUCUUCAUUAUCCUUUUCAUCGUCACUCAACCAUGAGCUCAUCAUCCAUCAUAUGAUGACAACUAUCUGCCAUCACAAGGUCCAGUUUACAUGUUUACUCUAUAGCACUGUGCACAACUGAUAAUUUAAAAAAAAGAAACAAAAAAAUCACAGACUUUACAUAACUUUAAAAGACACAAAUAUUCAGUUUUAGCUAGAACAAGUUUUACUUUAACUGAACUUAAGCUGCAUUUCCAAAUAUUAUUUAUAGUUGCCAAUUUAUGGCAACAAUCUGUCGUCAAUAAUCUAGAAAAUAAGUUUGCAUGCUUGUGUGUGUGUGUGUGCGUGUUUGCGCUGUGUUCGUGUUGUUCACAUCAGUGGUGGAGAAUCGUCGAUAUCGAUGAUCAAUAAAGUUUGUCCAAAAAUCACAUCGCGAUGCUUCAGUGAAUUUUUUUAAAAAUCUCAGUCAAAGUCAGUGAAGCCAGCCAGGCCGAUUUUCCUAAUUAUAUUCAUGAACGCACGCGCAAACACACUGCGGCUGUCAGUUCUUGAGACCUACUCAGUGUUGUAAGGACAGUCAGCGACCUCAGCACAAACUUUGACUCGCGACAUCUGCAGGACGACGACAGCAGCGACAGAGAAGGCGAUGGACACAAGAUCAUAGAAGAAAACAAAUCCAACGAUUUGACAGCAAAGAAGCCCAGCAACCACUGGGACAUCCACAUAAACACAGGUCUACAGAGGACUUCGGUAUGGAGGCAGCCAUAGGAGCUGUGUCACACAGCACCACAAGGACACUGACACAGUGGUGUGACGUCACACGGUGACCUUUGGUGGAGUAUGUGUGACAUGCUUGCUGACCGUGACAUUGAGUAUUAAUUAAUAUGCACGUGGCUUAAUCCCGUAGUGAGUAUGUGUGGCAUGCUUGCUCACCGUGAUACUGAGUAUUAAUAUGCAGAUGACUUAAUCUCGCAGUCACUAGAAUGUGAUAAGAGUUUGACAGAUUUUGAAUUUCAGACUUGACCUCUCACGACUGAAAUCCUGUGAACUGUGGCCCACAUUUGAUUCACCUGACUGCUUCCUUAAUUCAGAUGUUGCUAGCUUCAUUAACAUGUCCUGAUAAGACGAAAGCAGCUAACUGACUGCUAACAGACAGGUUCUGUCCAAGGUCGGGCAUGGUAAGUCUUCCUGCGAGGGCUUCUCGCGCAAACUACUGCAAAGUCGCGAAAUGAUUGGUCGAGACCUGAUGAUAAGAGGUGGAGCCUGCAGCGAUUAAUUGGCAGAUAUAUUUGCUAGACACGAGUCAUUAGCUUGACCCACAAGCUCACCAGACAUUCUUCUUGUACUUCAGCAGCCAUGGUUCGACUCCUGCUCCUCCUGUCUGCCUGCGUCAGUCUCUGUGUCUGCUAUCAGUGUCCAGUCAGCUGGAGUGUUCAUGAAAAUAAGUGCUACACCUGUCUAGACCUCCAUCUUUCGUGGAUCGACGCCAUUGACACUUGCAAGACUCUUGGCGGCCAUCUUGUCGAAAUCAACUCGGCCACUGAGAAUCAUUUUGUGAGUCGACUAAUGCACAUCAAAGGCGUUCGCUUCACAUGGUUGGGCUUUAACGACUUGGUCAAAGAAGGCCAUUGGGUGUCUGCCACUUCCAACCAACCAAUGGUAUAUCAGUCCUGGGGUCGGGGUGAGCCUAAUGAUAGUGGUGAUCAGGACUGUGGAGUAAUGAGCAACUCUGGUGAGUGGGAUGACCUCAGCUGUGACCCCGGCACCAAGUUCACUUUUGUCUGUCAACGCCUGGCGGACUGAACCCGGUGCCAGAUGAUAAUCUUCAGCUGAACACCUAGAGAGAAUUCUUCUAUCAUUAAAAUAAAGAAAAAAUGUCAGCUCAGUCUCCCAGGUGUGAGGACUCAUCGAUCACGACCUCCCUAUACACAAGUGACGUCACAGACGGUGUUAUCACCAGUGUUACACCACGUCCAUGAACGUCACCCUUUCAUCAUUUUUGAAGGUUAAAAAGCAAAAAUUGUGUCGAAUGUAACAAAAAAAUAAUAAUAAACAUUUCUUCACUUGA